AUGAGUACAUGCACCAUGCAGCGCCCAGUGACAUCAUUCGCUAUUCUCCUCCGGUGUAUGAAGCCCGCACCGGCACAGCGUCCAGCUACCACACGCUGCUUUUCCUCAUAUGGAAACACAUAUCUACAAUCUUCCAAGCGAGAUAUGCAGACUGCAACUGCCUACCGCCCUCACACUCUUCCUACAUCUUUUCCGCCACCUCGCCCUGGCCGCUCGGACACUUCAAUCUCAGCAGAUUUCCCUCUUUCUACCGAGACUUCCCAUAGAGUUAAACAAAUGGAACCCUCGAGUAUCAGCUUGCGCGAACCGGAGGCUCAAAAGCUCAACGCCACCCCCGUCAUCAAGACUUCCCCGAAACCCCGCCGGCCUUUGCGUGCUAGAAAGGCAGCCAUGAAAUUGACGCCACUUGCAACUGAGCAGUUGCGGAAGCUUAUGGUUAUGCCUGACCCGAAGUUUAUUCGGGUUGGGGUGAAGAACCGUGGCUGUUCAGGUCUGGCUUACCACUUGGAGUAUGUGGAGAAGCCAGAUAAGUUUGACGAGAUAGUGGAGCAGGAUGGUGUCAAGGUUUUGAUUGAUAGCAAGGCUCUCUUCAGCAUCAUUGGAAGUGAAAUGGACUGGCAAGAGGAUAAGCUGAGCAGGCGGUUCGUCUUCCGCAACCCUAACAUCAAGGAAGAAUGUGGCUGCGGAGAAUCGUUCAUGGUAUGA